AGAAGAAACAAUUGGUUUGCUUCAAUGACAUAUGAAUAUACUGCUCAAUUUAGCAUUACAUUUUUCUUUUUAUUUCUGUUUCAACUUUAAAAAAAUAUUCUGCCACCUAUAUGUAUGAAACUCAUAACUUGGUAAUAUAACAUUGUUGAGAAUGUAAGGGCAUUUAUGUCCUUUUGUCCUUUUUUGUAUUUGGUUACCUAUUUAAGGGCCCAUUUGUAAUUUUCUUAAAAAUGUUAAGAAGGCUCUUCAGGAGUGAAUAGUAAUACAUCAGUUUUCUUCGACAAACUCCUGUUCUUCCUCUCUUCUUCUUCUUCUCCUCCUCUUCUUAUUCUCGAAUCUCAAAUACUUUAACUUGGUAUCAGAGCAUCAGGAGAUCAAGGAGAGCAUCCGCCGCUGGUCGUGACUAACAGACGAACCUGUUGGCGUCAGCAUGCCGCUGGUUGGUGUCAGCAGUCCGUACAGUUGGCGGUGUUCAUUUGCGGUUUUGACUUGAUGCAUCUCAUUUUUAGAGGAAUUUUGAUAUACAUAUCAUGGAGCUCGUGUUUAACCUUCAAGAAAAGGUGUUUGGGUGUUCAACUAGUGUUGGGAGAUUGUGGCGUUGGCGAGAAAAGUGUUUUUAGAGGGGUGGUGAUCAAUGGAUUCACACAAGGAUGUGUACGUACCUACCUAUGUCCUCCCGGGAAGUAAUGACAGUGCUGGAGGGCAAAUUACUACUGUAAAACUUGAUGGAACAAAUUUUCUUGAAUGGUCUCAAUCAGCUAAGCUCACAAUCGGAGGAAGAGGUAAGCUUGGGUUUAUUACCGGCAAGGAAGCUAAGCCGAAGCCUGAAGAUCCAAAUUAUUCCAAAUGGGAGCAGGAUAAUUUGCUGGUUAUGUCAUGGCUAGUAUGCUCUAUGCAGCCUCACAUUGCCCGCAACUAUAUGUUCCUUCUAACAACUAAGGACAUCUGGGAUAGGUUAAGUUCAACUUAUUCUCAAGCGAAGAACACGGCUAAAAUCUAUCAGUUGCGGAGAGAAGCAUGUAAUAUGCGUUAGGGGGAGAAAUCGGUGGCCAUGUAUUUAUCUUCCUUACAAUCAGUUUGGGAAGAAAUGAACCAUUUAGAAGCUUUGGAGUGGAAGGAUCCUAUUGAUGCUGGACAAUAUAGGAAGUGCAUUGAGAAAAACCGAGUCUUUGAUUUUCUUGCUAGACUAAAUGCCUAUUAUGRUUUCACUAGGCAACACAUCCUUAGUGCUGAUAUUUUGUCACUCUCCAUGGCAUAUUCUUUGGUGCAGAAUGAAGAGAGUAGGAGGAUUGCCAUGAUGCAAGUUCCUGUUAGUGAGAACACAACUCUUAUGUCUAUAAAACCCAAACAGAGUUCUGGUAAACCUGAAGAUGUAGUUUGUGAAUUUUGCAAGAAGCCAAGGCACACCAAGGAUAGGUGUUGGAAACUAAACCCCCACCUAAAGCCUGAGAAGUUUAAAUCUGGAAAGAAGGUAAAUGCUCAUGUUGCUAUAGUUAGUCAUGAUUCUCAGACUCACAUGCUUGAGGGAAGUUCUUCUGCUCAGGCAUCUACUCAUGACACCUCUGAUGUGAUGGAAAAAGUGAGAGGCAUCUUGCUCCAUCUUGAAAAGAGUGGGUUGCCUACAUCUGUUGGCUCACAUACACCUUCCAGUGCCUUUGCAAAAUCAGGUACUGCACUUGCGUGUCAUGCUUCAUCCUUUGGCUCUUAGAUAAUUGACACAGGAGCCAGUGAUCAUAUGAUUGGUAUGCCUUCCUACUUUACCAUGUAUAAAUUUUUUUUCGGGUUUUGGUGAAGUUAAACUUACCAACAACCUUUCUCUGAAAUCAUUUCUCCAUGUCCCACAACUACAUAGAAAUCUCUUAUCUGUUAGCUCUCUUACAAAGUCUCAUAAUUGUUCUGUAACAUUAUUUCCAUCUUAUUGUGUCUUCCAGGAUCUGAGUACGGGGAAGACGAUUGGCAAUGGACAUGAAGCCGAUGGAGUUUAUCUUCUUGAUCAGUGUCCAAAGUUUGGGUUAAUGUGUCAGUCUGAGUCCUAUCAUGAUGAAAAACUAAGUCAAUUGAAAUUGUGGCAUCACCGUCUUGGGCAUGUCUUUUGGUUCAUUGAAGUUUUUGUUUCCUAGUCUAUUUGAGUCCUUGUCUAGUUCUGGUUUACAAUGUGAAGUCUGUCAACUAUCAAAGCAAUGUAGAACCACAUAU